UCAAACUUUUAUGGAAUGUUAUCCACAGUAGUUAAAUAUGUAAGUCAAACGUGCAGUGCUGGCUUGUUUACAGAUAAAGAUGGCUUUCCUGACCUGGACCUUGUACCUGACCACCAUGCUCCCGAUGGUGACAGCUGUUUCUAUUCUGAUGCAGAAAUCUCCACCGAAAGUCUGGAAAUUCAGAAAAUUAUUGUGGACAAGCACAACAAUCUAAGGAAAGCUGUGACUCCGGCGGCAAGCAACAUGCUCAUCAUGCAAUGGAGUAAUGAAGCUGCAUCUAAUGCUAAAGAAUGGGCUGACACCUGCAGUUUCAACCACAGCCCUUCAUUUAAAAGAAAGAUUAGCACUAGUGGAUGUGGAGAAAAUCUUUACAUGUCUACAGAGCCAAAUUCUUGGGAAGAUGCAAUUCAAGCCUGGUUUGAUGAAGUUGAAAAUUUUACCUAUGCUGUUGGAGCUAAGAAUGGGGAAGUUGUUGGACACUAUACUCAGGUGGUCUGGUACAGGUCCAACCUGGUGGGCUGUGCUGUUUCUUCCUGUGAAGACUCUGACUACAAUUACUUUUAUGUUUGCCAAUACUGCCCUCCUGGAAAUUAUCAAGGUUUACUCGCUACUCCUUAUAACGCUGGUACACCAUGUGCUGACUGCCCACAGGCUUGUGAAGAUGGUCUCUGCAACAACCCCUGUCCCUACUUCGACAAAUAUGGCAACUGUGGUACUCUAAGAGAUAAAUUUGGAUGCUCUUCUUCUGUUGUAUCUUGGUGUCCAGCUUUAUGUAAAUGUACCAGUGAAAUAAAGUUGAGCAUGUUUGCAUUAUUUGUUAAAAAAUUGUCUAUAAGCACAUCUGAACCACAGAGAAAACUUUUUUUUGCCAAGAGUGUUAAAAUGGCUUGGAUAUGGACUUUAACUUUAUAUUACUUCUUUGUAGUACUCUGGACACCAUCUGCAACAAAAGAAAAGGUUACGGUAUAUAAUAUGUCUAAAAAAUUGCAAAAUACAAUUGUUCGGCUGCAUAAUAAUUUUAGAAAACAAGUAAAUCCAAGUGCAAGGAAUAUGGUUAAAAUGAUGUGGAGUCCAGAGAUUGCCUUAAAUGCAUACAAAAUAGCUAAAAGUUGUAAACUGCAUCAUAGCUCACAAGAUGAACUGCAAAUUUUAAAUUACAUGUGUGGGGAGAAUAUCUACAUUGCUACCAGGAAGAACUCAUGGCACAGGGCCAUCCAAAUGUGGCAUGAUGAGCACAAACAUUUUAAGUAUGGAGUUGGAGCAAUAAACAACUUCGUAACUGGCCAUUACACUCAGGUUGUCUGGUUUAUUUCUUUUUUGAUCGGGUGUUCUUUUGCCAAGUGUGGAACAUCAAAUCCAAAGUAUUUGUAUGUUUGUCAAUACUGCCCUGGAGGAAAUACAAAUGAUGACACUCCAUACAAAGAAGGAAUGCCUUGUGCUGACUGCCUGGAGUCUUGUGAAGACAGACUGUGUACUAAUCCUUGCAUAUACCAGGACAAGUACAGCAACUGUGAAGAGGAGAGAGAAAAAUAUGGAUGUGACGAUUCCUUAAAUGAAGACUGUCCAGCAACAUGUAGCUGUGAAAAUGAAAUCAAAUAGUUUUUUGAGCUGUUGGCAAGGGAAAGCAACUGCUGUUACUAUUUAGAAAACAAUUGUAAUGUAAAUCAUUUUUUAUUUUUAAAGCAGAAUUAAGAAGAAUAGUAAUUAAAAUUGCAAAUCAAGUACAAACUGAUUUAGUGGUGAUUGUGUACUACUUGUGACUGUGUUUAUCUAAAGGCUUCAAUAUUGUGAAGCUAAAUUUCGUUUCUGAUCAGUGGAAAAAUUACUUCACUAAAAUGAAAUAUUUGAAUAAGUAAUUCUAAAAUG